GUAUAUAAAUAAAUUGAAGCCAGCACUAUAAUGAGCAUUAAGAAAAAUGUUGCACAUUACAAAUUAUUUCAAUGUCCUUUUGGCAUUUUGGAGCGGAUUCGCACUAUCCUGCGAAAAUGGGUCAUAUUCACCCCAUCCCACAGACUGUACCAAAUACUUGAUGUGUUCCAAUGGACAAGAAAUCGUAGGAAGUUGCAACACGGGCCUUCACUGGUCCCCAAAGGGAAAAUACUGCGACUACCCUGCAACUGCUGGAUGCACUUCCGAGGGUGGUGGACAGACGACGACGACAACAACGACAACCACACAAACUUCUACCACACCCACGUCCGGAACUAGCACUAGCUCUUCUGGAGGAGGAGGACAAACGAAGACAGGCGUUUGUUCUUGGUACGGCGCUGAAGGUGAAAUCCCCCCAGGCUGGCCCACGUCGUGUGGUAAACCAUUCGAUCGGUACGCCAUGGCCGCGGCAACAUGGCCGGAUGUUCCUUGUGGAACAAAACUCCGUGUAUCGGACAUGGAUACGGGCAAAUCUGUCGAAGUCGUGGUGGACGAUCGGUUUGGGGGUGCGCCUCGAGAGAGGAUAGUUGAUUUGACGUACGGUGCUUUCGCCCAUUUGGCGAAUCAUGAUCAGGGGCUCAUUAAAAAUUGUAAGUACGAAGUUAUCGGAUAGACCGGUAGUAUGUAAAAAUUAAAAUAAAAAAGUAUUUAUUACAUUACAUUAUUAGUGUUAUUUACUUAUUUAUUACUGGUGGUGGUGGGGCAUUAUUAUAAUUAAUUAAUUUUAUAAAUUUUAUUCUUCAUUAAAUUAAAUUAUUUGUGAUCUAAUAAACUAGAAUCUAAUAAUCUAGCAGAUUAUUAUAAAACUAA